AGCUUCGUACGCUAUGAGCCUCUCCGAUGACGAAAACAAGCUUAAGCAAUGGAGUCUUCGAACGAUGAGCACUCGUUGGCUGAGAAGGGACCAGAGUAAGCCCUAAACGUGUAUAAAAAAUAGAAGAUGGCGCCACGGAUACGAUUGGACACCAGUCCGAAUUAGAAGGCGGGUAGUUCGUAGCAACGGACGGACGGUGGACACUCGAGUCGAAGCGCUAAACGCUUUACGGAGCCAUUGGAGGCGAGAAAACACAAGCAGACUUAUGGCUCUGCUAGAACACAACUUGGCCUUUUACGGAUCCUCCGACUACCAAAUCUCUUCACAUUAUAAGCCUCCUUGCAAAGUCGAAUUGGACCCGUACUUGACCAGCAGAUCGGAUUGGUACAGAACGACUAAUGUCGGUUCUACUCAAUUUUUCCAAAAACCCAGAAGAGAGAGUGCCUCUCAAGUAGACGAAUUUUUCGAAGAAGCUACAGACUUGAUGCCCGGUUGCAAUCACAGUACCCACUAUAUGCAAGGAGCACGUUCAAAUCCUCGAGCUUACGGCUCCCCUUACUAUUUGAAUCCAACGGGAAGACAAGGUGAACAGGGAAUAGGUCGUGGAGAUUUGCAAACGGCAUCUGGUUUCCCUACAAACUGUCAUCCCAGUCCGAAAUCGGACGACGACGUUUUCGCUCGACCCAAUCCAGUCAUGAAUUCUACAACGGGAAGUUUGAGCGGAAUGUGGGAAGACAUCACCGCUUCCAUCUAUAAACUCGAUCCGGAAAACUUAGACAUCGUGCAAAAUAUCAAGACCGAAACGGGGGCUCUACCUCCUUGCCCCUAUGCCAACAAUCACGGAGUCGUGGGCCAAACAUUGCCACAGAAUGGCAACAACCUAAUGACAAUAAAAGAAGAAAAAUCUUAUCCUCCGGUCCAUCACAAUCAGAAUGGCGGGGCAGGAGUACCCAUUCGAGUACCCUCUACUAACGCUACAUAUCCCACCGGUCUUCAAGCUUUUCGUUUCACGAGCAUGGGCCCUCAUUUCGCCAUGGCGCGUGUUUAUCUUCCUCCUACUCCACCCAAUUCCGAACCCGGUAGUCCAUCGACGGACAAUUUUGCUUUGGGAAGAAGAACACCGCCUCCACCUUAUCCAGUUUCGUCAGCUUCGACGCCGGGACAGUCCAUAAUUUCAGAAGUUCAAACUCCGGUGGUCAAGUAUAAUAGGAGAAAUAAUCCCGAACUAGAGAAGAGAAGGAUACAUCACUGUGACUUUCCGGGUUGCACGAAGGUCUACACUAAAAGUUCGCACCUGAAGGCCCAUCAACGAAUACACACAGGUGAAAAACCAUACAAGUGUCACUGGCCGGAAUGCCAAUGGAGAUUCGCUCGAUCUGACGAACUGACUAGACAUUACCGGAAGCAUACGGGAGCCAAACCCUUCAAAUGCAAAGUGUGUGAGCGUUCCUUCGCCAGAUCCGAUCACUUGGCGCUACACAUGAAGCGCCACGCUCCAAAAGCCAAGUGAACGGUUUAAGUGAUAGUUCUUGUGAUGCGUAUUUUAGCAUUUUAACAUUAUUAUUGUUAUUAAUUAAUUAAACUAAUUAUCAUAAAAAAGAAACCAUCUACUACGGGAGAACCUUCUGCUAGGUAGAAAAUUCUCCAAGUAAAGCCAAGCCUUGCGCACCUAUACAUUUGCACAAAAGUUUGUAUAUAAAUCAGCGUGGCUUCCUCUACGACUGUGUUGAAAUUUGUGAUCUUCCCAGUGCCUUAACCCUCUUCGUUACUGGUUAAUUCUGACUCGAGUGCUAAAUUUGCCGAUGAUUGGAGCCAGGUGGUCAAAUUGACCGAGAGGAAAAUCGAAGUCUUGCCCUCCACUUCCACUGGAAUAACAAGCUCAAGAUGUCAUUCCAGGUUGUGACACAUUUCUUGGUUGUGCCAAUUUCGUGAGUUCGGACGGUUUAUUAUUAUUAUUAUUAUUUUAUUUUUUUUUUACAACGAAACGUUUUCGUAUACAAUAUAUAUAUUAUGAUAUUAGUGCCUUAUGGGUGCUGCAUCGUCUAUGUAUAUACGCUCUUUGAUGCAGCACUCUCACAUUCCUUCUGGGAACAAUUCAUUUUUAUUUUUGUGUACACUUUGUACAAAAGAUAAUAAAGUCUGUUCAUUUAAAAAAAAAUCUUGCCUUUUCUGAAACUUCUUUCCCUUUCCGAAGUGACUCGUUAACUUGUGAUUUUUACGAUUCCCAAUGGACAUUUUCAGGUUUCAGUUGGAGAAAUCAAUUACUAGAACGUGACAAGUAACCGUGUUGAAAACGUGAUGCACUCAUAAAUCUAACAUUUUUCGACUCAGAUUCCAACCUAAAUUCAUAGUUUAUUAUGGUUAUAUAUGGAAGAAGAUCUGUAAUGUCUAGUUUUUCGAAAAAAUCCUAAAUUAUUAGCUUAUAUAAUUCUACAAACACAGCACUUGUAGGAUCCAAAAUUGAAUCCUUUCAAUUUCUCUCACUCGUACGAUAGAAAACACGCGAAUUAUACUAUAUAUAGUCAUAGUUCUUUUUAUUUAUAUGCCUAACGAAUCACUAAAUUUGGUUUCUAUUAUAAUCCGAAUAAGUGAAAUCUUCCCACGUGUAACCUCUCUCUCUCUCUCUCUCUCUCUCUCCAUAUUUCCGGACUAAAGCUUAUGAUAUAUGAAGACGGAACCGUUAUAACUCGGGCUAUUUUAUGUAUUAAACAUAGAGGGGUCGAGUAGUGGAAUCUAAAUGUGGAGGAAGUAACGCCACGGGACGUACCGUUCGAUGGCAACGAUUUGUAGGCAAAGGGAGGUUUGUCUAUCAGGUCUCACAGCGGCAACACUCGCAUCCGGCGAGAGACAGCGGAAACUGUAGUGAGGAAAGAAGAUCUGGUGCGAGAAGAUAGUAGACCCGGGACUUCUUCGAAUUUUGAAACUUCUUCGAUAUCUAGGAAAGCGGCCUUCGAAUGGCAGUGGUAAAGUUGGCUCGGAUUACAAGCCAAGGGAGAGAAAAGCUGGGAUCAGAGGUGACGACACACAAUCCUCGGUCCCGCCCUAAAAAGGUGGAUAAAAACACGACGCCGCACACAUUAAAUAUGACAAUUUACUAAGCCCGGUCACAAAUUAGUGGUUCCAAAUGGAGAAUAAUUUUUACUUUAAAAAAAAAAAAAGAAAAAAAUGAGGUUUUCUCAUAAAGAAAGCCAUUGAGAAGUUUAGGUGUUAGGUUAAAAAUCUAUAGAAUUUUCUAUUAUACAUUAAAUUUGAGUAUGUAAAAUGGAAAUUUAAUU